AUGGGAGCAGUGAUACAUCUUAUCACAUUCGCUUUGAUUUAUAUGAAUUUCCCAAACGACGCCCCUCUGCAAAAAACCGAACAAACAGGAAAUGUUCUGUCACCAAGUGUUGCUAUAGCCUUGGUGUGUGGUCUUCUUCUUGGCUUUGGAGACGCUUGUUGGAAUACACAGAUUUAUGCAUUCCUCUGUGACAAAUUUCCCCAAAAAAGCAGUGAAGCAUUCGCAAUUUUCAAAUUUUAUCAGUCAUUACUUUCGUGUGCUGCCUUCUUCUACUCUCCCUAUCUACAACUGCCAUGGCAUCUUCUUAUUCUGCUUGUGACUUCGAUACUUGCCGCUGUUUGUUUCUUCCUGAAUCAGCGUUUUCCUUCAUUAUUUGGGCCAGAUGAAGGAGAGAACGAAGUAAAAACAAUCCCAGAGAGAGGUGCACGAUCCUUCGACUCAGGGGAGCAAAUAAUAUGCCAGGAUACACCUCACUUAUCAUCUAAGGCUGCAGACUGAGAUUAUUUGUAUAAAAUGUCAUCAAUGCAUAUGAUGGACGACGAAAUUCAUCAAUAAUGCGGCAAUUUGUGCACAAUUCUAGCACAAGCAACCUGCCUACUAUGUUCACUUCGAAGAUUUUUGUGCUUCUAGACAUUGAAACGGGCUCUAAAUACGACAAUAAAAUUUUGUACUACUA